AUGGGAGCCAGCCUGUGUUGCAUCGGGUCAGGAGGCGGGUACUGCGCCGACGACGAGCCGGGGUACGAGCAGCCGCGGCGGUCGUCCAGGACGGUGCGGCCGAGCGACGAGGACGGGCUGUGGUACGUCAGCGAGCGCGACGUCGACAUGAAGGCGUCCGAGUUCAUCGCCAGGUUCCAUGCCACCGCCUCGACCUAG